ACAUUCAUUCAUUCAUAAUUCACAUACAAUAUACAUAGUUGUAUUAUACACUUUACGUCUACACGCCAUAAAAAAAAGUAGCACUUCCUUAUUACUCUAAUGAAAUAGUACGUCUAUGUCUUACUACAAGAUUACAGUGUUAWAAAGGUUCUUAAAUCUUACAUUCCGCGAGACCACGACUGGAGUGUACAAGACGUCAAGACGUGACCAUAGACAAGUAUAAAUAUAUGGAGUGGACGUGACUACAAUAAUUUGUCUAUAUUCAUAGAACAGUAGCUAUAAUGCAUCAUUAAUUUAUUUUGUGUACCAUUAAUGCAGCUUAUCACAAGUUACAACACUGUGUUGUGAAAUUAAAUAUACUUUUUUAAUCUUUUUGGUGAGAUAACAUAACAUUAAAAAUUUUGUACUAAACACUAAAUACUAAACAUUAAAACUUUUGUUUACAAUAAUUUGUUGACUAAAUAGAAUACGAACAAUACGCAUUCUAUUUAGAAGAAAUUAUAAACUAAUUAGUUAAUUAAACUUCAAGUAUCAUUUGCAAGAUAAAUUAAUACGUAUAAGUAAAAAUGGACAGCUUUUAUGGAAAUUCAUAUCAAAGCAAUGGAGGCGAAAAAGAUUUUCAGAAAUUGGCUCAAUUGAUUGGCACUAAUAUCCAGAAAAUAUCACAAAAUGUUUCAUCUAUGAAUAGAAUGGUUAACCAAUUAAAUACAGUCCAAGAUGCUACAGAAGUUAGAAAACAAUUGCAUCAAAUAUCACAUUACACUCAACAGCUAUCAAAAGAUACUAGUCAUAAUUUAAAGGAACUUAAUGAAAUACGAUCAUAUUCUUCUCAAACAGAUCAAAGACAGUUGAAAAUUCAAAAAGAACGUUUAGCUGAAUCAUUUACAUCUGCUUUAAAUGCAUUUCAAGCCAUUCAACGUAAAGCAUAUGACAAAGAAAAUGCAGAGCUAAUGAAACGUACAAAAGCAUCUUCUUCUAUUGGCAAAUUAGCUCCACCACCUGGUUCUAAAUAUCAAAAUGGUUAUUCAAACCCGAAUGAAAACCAAAAUGAUCAAGCUCAGUUACAGAUUUUGGAUGAGGUAAAUUUACAAGUGGUUGAACAAGAACAAGCUAUUAAACAACUUGAGAAUGACAUUAGUGAUGUAAAUCAAAUUUUUAAAGAACUUGGUACUUUAGUUCAUAAUCAAGGUGAAAUAAUUGAUAGUAUUGAAGCUAAUGUACAAAUUACUAAUGUAUCUGUUCAAGAAGCAACUGGUCAACUGAGACGAGCAACUGAUUACACUAACAAGCUCAGAAAAAAAAGAUUCUAUUUAUUAGUUAUUUGUGCUGUGAUAUUAAUCAUAAUUACAUUGACUAUUGUUUGGGGUUCUAAAUAAACGUGUUUAUGUUGCCGUGUUGGUUAUACUUAUAAAUUAUAUUAUUGUAUUUCAGUUAUUCCAUUUUGUUAAUAUAUAUAAAAAAGAAAUAUUAUAUA